UCCCAGUAAAAGGAAAUUAAUUUUAUACGUUCCAAUUCUAUACGUUCUGCCUCAUGUCUUAGAUGAGAAACAUUAAUUUUCCCAAAAUUAGUAUGACAUGACGCUACAAAAUCGGAAGAUCUAAGUCUUUCACUAAACUGUGCACGAUGGUUGCACGCGCACGCAGCGCGGCCACAGCGCGCCCAGUGUAGUCGGCUUCAUUAUCAAAUGACUCUUAUGAACCUGUUCUUUUUUAGUCAAAAACACAGAGUGCAGCCCAAUCACUAACGAACUGAUUUUACAUUUGUUCGUGAAUCAGAUACUGCUUCUUGGUUUAUUCAGAAGUCCUCUGAGAAAUCUAUUCCCUUCCGGAUAUGUCUGAGAUUCAUCCCGUGAUUGUUUGGUGAUCGAUUCUCCGACCGCUCGCUCCACUUUCAUCAUGGAUAUACAGGCCUUUCGGCAUAUCGGACGAAAUAAUAACAUGAAAUCAAUAAGAUGUCGUCGAUCACGAAAACUAAUAGCAGUUAGGUGUGUUUGGUGUUGAUGCAGUAAAGUUAGCACCAGAGUCCGUGACGGAGGGAGAUCCUGUCACUCUGAGGACUGAUGUUACUGAAAUACUGCAGUAUGAUCCGAUCCAGUGGAGGUUUGGAGACAUUCUCAUAGCUAAAAUCAACAUGAAGGAGAAUAAGAGCAGGUUUUAUAAUAACAGUGCUGCUGAGAGACUCAGAGACAGACUGAAGCUGGAUCAUCAGACUGGAUCUCUGAGCAUCAUGAACACCAGAACCACAGACUCUGGACUUUAUAAAAUAACCAGCACUGAAACAGGGACAACGCUCAACACAUUCAAUCUUACGGUCUAUGCUCAUCUGCCUGUUCCUGUCAUCAGCAGUAACACUUCACAAAAUUCAUCCUCAUCUUCAUCAUCAUCAUCAUCAGGGUCAUCAGUGUCCAGUUGUGUGUUUCUGUGUUCAGUGGUGAAUGUGGGUCAUGUGACUCUCUCCUGGUACAAAGGAAACAGUUCAUUGUCCAGCAUCAGUGUGUCUGAUCUCAGCAGAAGUGUUUCUUUAUCUCUGGAGUGUCUGGAUGAUUCCUACAGCUGUGUGGUGAACAAUCCCAUCAGCAACCAGACGAGACAUCUCAACAACACUGAGAUCUGUCAGCCAUGUUCAGAAGACUUCACCCCCCCCUGUGGUUCUACUGAAGCUAUGAUCCGAUUGGCUCUCUCUGUUCUGGUGGUCGUGGUUACAGUUGCUAUGCUGAUUUAUGACAUCAGAUCCAGAAAUCUUCAACAGAAGAAAAGAGAGCAGACAUCAACGUCAGACACUGGUUAAUCAGAUACAUGGGAAAGUUGAGAUGUUCUUGAAUGACUAUAGACAUUAUGUUACAGGAAUAUAAUUUACUUUUUUUUUCCUUCUUUUUUUUUUAGUUUUCUUUUUCAUGUCAGUUGUGUGUGUAUAUCACUUUUCAUAAUACAAAUUUUGAAAUUCUGAAAUAAUGAUUUUCUGAAUACUGAAUAAUGAUUUCAGACCCAAGACUCCUUUCAGUUAGAAAAUUAUCUCUAAACAUGUUAUCUGAAUAAAAGCUUUAAGAAGCUUUUAUUUUAAAAGCUUGUUUGCUGACAGAUUGUUUCGGCUUGUAAGACUCUCAUUUAUGUUUUAUUAGUUUACUAGAAUAUGAAAGAAUAGUGAUAUUACUAUCCCCAUUUCAUCACUCACUGUUAUUUUUAGACAACACAGAAGAAUGUGAUGCUAUUAAUAAAACAUUUGUUGUAAGUCAUGAUUAAUGUUAAGCUAAUUCAAUUUGUGUGCUUUUUAGUAUAGGUAAAUGUAUUUUAUUAAAUGUUUUGUCAUGUUG